GUUGCGGGAGAGAAUGUGAAAGCUGCAAAAAUUCAAGUGGGAGACAACUACAGCGAAACCAACAGCUUUUUUAAUCCCAAAAGGCACCAUGUUCUGUGUGAUUCAAAUACAAAAAAAAAUCAGGAAAAAAAAUAUAUAUAUAGAAAAUUGAGAGAAUUCAAAUUGAAGCCCUCCAAAUGUUCCCAAACGACGACGCAUCACAGGUUCAGUCGAAUCUGUCACCAUCCUGCGUUGAAUUUCUAAGGCCAUUCACUUGCAAAACCCCCAAAACACGAUUGAUUCACAACAAUGGCGGAACCUUGUAAUCCGAGUGACGGAACUGUGUUGCCGAAUCACAUGGAGCUCUCUUCCUCCCAGUUAGGAUUUCUGGAUGACCAUUUCAGCACCUGCAAUGAUCUAUCAUCAUCAUCAUCAACCAUGGCUUCCGAUCUCGCCGCGAUGUUGAACCAAAUAUGCGCUGAAUUGGACUCAGAUCUCCAGAGCCUACAGAGAAACCUCACAAAACUCACAGUCUCAUGGAUUUAUCGGUCCUUUGCUGCCAAAACCGCUCUCCAUAAGCUCAAUCUCAACUUGCACAACCUAACCAUCCACACAACAUCACAAUAUGGGAUUGGCUUGAAGAAAACCCAGAAGAUAUUAGGCGAGGAUUUGCCUCGGUUAAUGAAGGAAAUGCUGCAAAUUGAGAAUAUUCGCAAUUAUGCAGAGACUACACUGAAGGUGGAAGCUCUGGUUGGAGAUCUUGAAGAUGCAGUUUUUUCUGUUAUGAAGAGACAAAAUCGAAAUAUUUUCUCAGCAAUUCUUUCAAACUCAUCAAUUUCAACUGACCUUGGAGCCAGGCAGGAAAAGUUGCUUCAAGCUCUAAAAGCCAUGAAUGAUAUUGAGGAAGUAUUGGUAACUGUUGUGAAAAUCCAUCCUGAUUGGCUUUGUCUUAUGAAGUCUGUUGAUACUAGAGUAGAUAAAACUUUAGCUGUUCUUCGGCCACAAGUUCUUGCAGACCACCGAGCUCUGCUUGCAUCUUUGGGAUGGCCACCUAAAAUUUUGGCAUCAAAAAUAGAAAGUGGAAAGAUCCAAGACCUUCCGAAUCCACUAGUUUUAAUGCAAGCAGACAAAAGUAAGACUUACUCGGAGAGCUUUUUAGCCCUUUGUGCUUUGCAGCAUCUACAAUCACGAAGGGACGAGCGUCAACUUAAUAUUUUGAGACACAAGGAGCGUGAUAUAGGGCUUUGGGCCAUUGAUGAAUUAGUAUCUCCAAUUGCAUCUCGCACUGAAUACCACUUCUCAAAGUGGCUUGAUCAGCCUGAGUUAAUGUUUGCUCUUGUCUAUAAGAUUACGCGGGAUUUCAUUCUAGGAGUGGAUGAUGUUCUGCAACCUCUGAUUGAUAGAGCAAGAUUGGUGAGCUAUAGUGCUAAAGAAGCUUGGGUGCAUGGAAUGAUACAAAUGCUUUCUGGAUUUCUGGAGAAAAGAGUUUUCUCAGUUCUUGCUGAAAGGUACAAGGAAAAUCAAGCGAGGCAGGAGGUUAUUUCUUCAUGGCUUCAUUUGAUUGACCUUAUCAUUAAAUUUGAUAAACAGAUGCAAUCACUUAUGGUUACCGAAGCUCAACUCUUUGGGGGGUCUGAAGGAUUCUCAAGAGGCAUUUCGGUUUUCUCAAUAUUUUGUGAUAGGCCUGAUUGGCUCAAGAUUUGGGCCAAAAUAGAGCUCAAGGAUGCCUGUAAGAAACUAAAAGUAGAGUCAAAAGAUAAGAGAGCAUGGCUAGUUGAUAAUAGACAUGGAACUGAAUUGCAUAUUGCUGGAACAAUUGAAGAAUUUCUUCUCUACUCAAGGGAAGACCAUAAAGCUCCCUUAAUUGCGGAAUCUGCCCUUAAAAUUGCCUGGGAAAUGAUUGAACGAAGCCAGACUUUACCUACCAUAUUACCACGAAGCCAAUUUAUUAGAUUAACUUCAGCUCGAUUUCUCUGGUACUUCUUUGAUGUCUUGCUUUGGCACUGCAAGGGAACUGAAUUUCAUUCUGACGUUCUUGAUGAUGACUCCUUAACAAGAGUAUGCAUAUCGGUCAAUGCUGCUAGAUAUUGUGAAUCUAAACUGCAAGAGUGGAGCGAUGAUGUGAGCUUUUUGGAGAUGAGAAUUACUGAAAAUGUUUCAAACUGCCCUACAGAAGAUGAUGCAAGUGAUAACCGUUGCUUCUUUGAAGAAGAAAUCAAGAUCUUGUCUGAGCUGGAGACUAGUUGGCUGAUGGAGAUAAUUACUGAUCUUCUUCAACAGUUUGAGACUCUUUCUUGGGAAUACGUCCAAAUUAAUGAACAUGGUGGUCGAGAGCAAAGAGAAGUUGAAGCCGUGAAUUUCACCAUAUCUGUUGAAUUUGUCGAAGCAUUGGAUACCAUUAGAAGUCAUCUUAAUGUUAUCAGGACGAGUCUCAAUCCAAAGGACUUCUCGGAUCUAUGGAGAAGUGUUGCAAAUGGACUUGACCAUUUCAUUUUUCGGAGCAUUCUCAUGAGUGAUAAUAGAUUCUCUGACCAAGGGAUCAAUCAGUUUGGUGCUGAUAUGCAAGCGUUGUUCGUGAUUUUCCAGCCUUUUUGUGCUCGGCCUGAAGCGUUUUUUCCUUGUAUAAGAGAUUCACUUAAGCUUUUAAAAAUGGAUAAGGAGGAUGUAAGACAUUUGAAGGUAAUUUUACUCGGAGAUGAGGACAGAAUGAAUUAUUUGCGUUGUAGUGGAAUUUCACACGUUUCUUUUGAUCAAGCUUGGAGGAUUUUGAGGAAUAGCAAGUUCAAAAUUUGAUCUAAAUGAAAGGUAAGAAAUAGUGUUUGAUAUAAAUUUCAAAGUUCAGUUUGUUUUGGCUCAACUAUGUAUGACAACUGUCUCUCCAGUUAUAGUCACCGGUGGCUCAUAUAGCUAGAUAUAACUAUAUGUGUGUGUGUGUGUGUGUGUGUAUAUAUAUAUAUAAUGCAGCAAUGGAGACUAUGCAAUGUCAAAAUGGUUGAGAAGGCAUGCUUGAAUCCAUAUGCAGCCACUCUGGUCAUUACUGGAUAAUUGCUAUUUCUUUUUCAAUAAAAUGUAGCAUUGAAUUACAAACAUGAAAUGGAUACAAAUGCAGAGAAGAAGUAAAUUGGUUUA